GAUAGUUGCUUUUCAGUUCUUCGCUGGCAUUUAAAGCGUUCAAACGCGUUCGAAGCAAACUGAAAUCCGAAAUUAUUGUUUUUGAAAACUGCGUGAGACUUUCACAACUAACGAAAUAAAAACCAAAAUAAUAGAAACGAAAAUACGAAUAAAAAGCAAAUUCGGACCAAUUUAAAAUUAUUUUUUAUAGAAGUGUUAUAAAUAAUACUGUUUAAUAAAUCAAUAAAAAUAAAGAUAACUUUUCAAAUUACCAAAAGUGUUAGUGUUCGGAAGCCUAUUUCAACAAAAAUAUAAAUUUAAGAAAACAGUGUAUGAAGUGAUAAUUUUUUACAAAUUCAGACAUCAUAGUUGAAAUUGUUAAAUAUAUUUUAAUAUUUUGCUACAACAACAUUUGGCAACGAUAGCUGUCAAAUCUUUAUUUAACACCGUAUCAUAUUUAUAUAAAAUGUCUCCAGCUGUGACAGAUGAUGGCCUAAAAUGGCGGCUACACCACCAAUGCCGCCCGGAUCAAACACCCACCAACUGAAUGGCAAACCGAACGGCAAGGGCAACCCCCUAACCGAGGCGAUCAAUCAGCACUUUCAGCGGAAGAACCAGAAUCAGAGCCUGAACCAGAGUACCAAUCCCAACCAGAAUCCGAGUCCCAGCAGUACCGUCAGUUGCAGUCGCAGCGGGAGCAAUGAGCAGCUGGAGCUGCUCGAGCAUCCAUCGCAUCCCCAGGACCAGCAACAGGAAGCCAACGGUGGCAAGGCCAAGCCCAGUUGUCAUUGCACCAACAUUAGUAUUAUGCACCUGUUCCAUGAGAUGAAGCAAGAGUUCCCCACGAUACCCGAUGCCAUAGUGACGCAAUGCGUCAAUGAGAAUUGCCAUCAGCGCGACAACUGCAUCCAGAUGUUGAGGAAGGAGCUAGCCCUGCAUCCCAUCCCAGUGCAAAGCUACCCGGCCAAGGUGUUGCAACAGCAGCAGCAGCAACAGCAUCAUCAGAACAGGCAGGCCAAGCCGCCCACGCCGCUGAAGCCGUCGCGGGUAGCACCAACACAUCCGGAAGUGGGCCAGUGCAAUGGGGUGGCUACUCCGCCAGCUGUUAGUAGUAGCCCACAUCCCAAUCCGCAGCCCCGGCCACGACCCACAACGCUUAAUCUGCAGCGUCAGUUUAGCACCCAGCUGCAGCAGAAGAUCCAGCAGCGCCAGCAACGUCAGCAGCGCGAUAACCAUCCGCCCCAGCUGACUCCCACGUCCUUGAGCAAGCCGCUGCGCAGGGCACCGCCGCUUCCGCCGCCUCCGAAACCCAAGCCCGGCAGCUUCUCCAACGACUCCUCCUGUCUCACCAGUCCGAUGAGCUCCAGCGAAUCGGAGCUCUCGCUCAAUGCGGUCUCCUUAUCGUCGCCUACGUCGGCAUCGGCGGCGACAACAGCUGUACAGGGAGCGUCGACAGCAAUCGCAUCAGCGCAACAACAGCAACCCUCGCCCGUGCGGCAUCGCUCAGUCAUUACGCUCCAGCCAGAGCCGCCGUACGCUCGCGACUUCCGUAGCAUUGACUUUCCGCCGGCGACGACGACGACGGCUACGCCGCCUCUUCCUUCGCCCAGCUCGGCAGCAUCACCAGGUGCUGCUGGCGGACGCAAGAGCUUUACCUCGCUCAACCUAACGCUGCGUCAGCCGACGGGUUCGGCGCAAUCGGCCAUCGACAUCACCGCCGGCCCGGCGCCCAGUGGCCAGGGCAGCGGUAUCACCUACUCCAGCGUGAGCUUUGACGCGCGUCGGGGAACGCACAAGAAUUUCCAGCUGACGGUGACGGACGAGGGCAGUGUGUUCAGUGCGGGCUGCAUACGCCCGAGGACAGCAUACGCCGCUCCCUGUGAGCCGGUGGCCAGUGUUCCGGCGAAUCAGCAACCCCCGCCGCCGGCCGCCGUGGUGGCCGAUGGACUUGGGGAGGCCGAAAUGACGCCGGACGUGUUCCCCUAUCCCACGCAGGAGCAGAACCACAUUGUGGCUUCCAACUACAACAACAACCAUGCCGUCAGCAGCAACAACAACAACAGCGGGAUCAGCAACAGCGUGGACAGCAGUCCCACCAUGCCGCUCUACGAAGGCGUCAUGGAGGAGUGCGAUCGCGAAGCCCAUGCCGCCACCAUCGAGCGGCAGAAGCAGCGGCGCGACAAGCUGGCCAAUGCGCUGAGGGACAACAAGAAGCGGCUGCUGGUCCUGGAGCAGGAGAUCAACAUCCUGACCGAGCCGGUGCCGGUGGGCGAAUCUGAAAGACUGGAUAGAGAUAUCAUGCGACUGACUGAGGACUGUAAGCGGUUGCUUGACUGCAUAAACGCCCCUGCAGAGCCGCAGGCGAAUGGCCCUGGUCCUGCGGCCAGUCCCAUGAGCCGCCAGCACCUAUCACCCGCCAGCAAUGCUCCACAGCAGCAGCCACAGCCAUUCCCGCGCCAGCGUCAAGGUGCUCGCGUCCAGGCGCCGCCCAGUUCACUCCGUCUGCACUCGGUGCCGGCAGCACCCACCGCCCAGCCGGUCAGCCUGGACUUUGGGCAGCACCACAGCAGUGCUCCGUCCUCGGCCUGCCUGACGCCCCAGCAGCAGAGCCACCAGCAGCAGUUUCAGAUGCAGCAGGAGCCGCCACCCACGUACGCCCAGUACUAUCAGUUCCAGCAAUAUCUGCAGCAGCAGCGACAGCAGCAGUUGCACCAGCAGCAGUUGCACCAGCAGCAGUUGCAGCACCAGCAACAAAUGCUGCAACAGCAGCCGCCGAUACAGCCGGAGGAGGAAUUCCUGUCCGACUCCGAAGUGGACGAGGAGGAGGAGACACUGGACUCGUGGGCCUGCAACAUGUGUACAUUCCGCAACCAUCCGCAACUGAACAUUUGCGAGGCCUGUGAGAACGUUAGGAUCCAGCCGGGUAUGAUACGCAUUGUUCCCAGCGGAGGCGGGGCCGCCGCUGCUGCUGCCACCUCCCCCGGCAGCCUGGAGCAGCAACAGCAGCCGCCCCAGCAGCCGUACGCCCUGCAUACAUAACCCAAAAGCUGCUGCAAACGUGCAUGAGAGCUCGCUUCCGAUUGUUCCUGCAUGCGCUCGACUUUGAAACUGUGAUAGCAUUUAAAUUAUGUAGUAGGCGGCAGGCAGGUGCAUAAUCCACUGCAUGGCUCAAACUGAAAGACAUGGGCAAGGCGAAAACCCUUGCGAACGGAAAGCGCGGCCUGUUUAAAUUAUUUUAUUUCAUUUAUAUUAAUUGCAAUCGCCUCAGCCUCAGGCCGUAUGUUUUAUCAGUAAUAUCUAACCGUUUUAACUAGCUUUAAGCCAACGAAAAACAGAGUUUAUUAUUUUUAGCCACCUUAAAAAUAAAUAAAGAAUGUUAUUUAAAUA